UACUUCAUCACUCCAUCUACACUGAUCUGUGGAACCUCUCAUAAUGAACCUCUCGCAAACCUCGGACAGCUCGACGAUUGAAGAUCCGACUAUGAAUCGGCAGACGACAAAAGACGACGAGGGCCAGCCGAUCUCCAACUCAAGAAGCCCAAGCGGUAGUGUGCUUUCGUCGCCCCGGAGUGUCGCAAAAGAAUCUCGUGGGAUGAAACGACGGCAUUCUACGGAGACUGUUCUAGAAGAGGAAGCUCUUAACCUAGAAGCAAAACGACCCAAGCUUGAUCUGUGAACGCGGGCAUGCUUGGGAGUGGGUCCUUGGAGAUCAAUGCUGUGGCGUCUUUUCAGUGAUCGCGCUGGUGUAGGCUGUGGGAGGAGCAGGGGUAAAGAUUGCGUAGCGAACCUGGAGAGCGAUGGGCUUAGAGUGGCUGUCUCAUUGCUGUUUAUGUUUGUAGGAUUAAUGUAGUGUGUAUGGAUUGA